AUGGCUCAAAGUAUCUCAUCAAAUGAAACAGUUGCCGAUGGUGAUGAAGCUCCGAAAAAGUUAUCUAAAGCUGAGAAAAAGGCUCUAUACAAACCAGAAUACGCGGAACCGCAUGCCACGAGGAGAAAAGUUUUAAAGGAUGUAUUCCUCAAUGAAAAGAACGAAGUUCUGAAAGAUGAGCUCAUUCAAUCAAUUCUUUAUGCAAUUUACGAAAGCGAUGACAACCCUUAUGAUAGCAUGCUUCAACUUCACAAAAUUUGUCCUGAUUAUGCUUCAGUUAAGCCAAAAUCCCUUGCCGGGCUGACGGUUACCUAUCUACGAUCUUGGAUCUCCAAACUGGAUGAUCCGCUUGCUUUAUUUGAAAGAUGCGUUACUCAGGAGCUACAGAUUGAUGCUUUUCGAAUAGCUACAGCAAAGCAUACAGGAAAUCUUAAGCUAUUCAAGGAAGUGUUUUGUCUUGACGACCCGAAAGCUCUACCUAUCUUUUACAAUCAAAUUGCUGGUUGA